GAAUGAUGUGGUCUUGGAGGCCACGUUCAUAUUCUGACCACUGGGGGGCGCGCGCGGCCAAGAGAGUGCGCGCUCCCGAAAGAGACGCGGUCGCGCUGCACAGUGCUGCGUGCAGAUGUGUCGCAGCUUGUAUUUCCAACGAAAAACGUCCAGCGUGGGCAAGUUGUUGGCGUUUCAAUGGGCCCGAAAGUGCCUUUACUCCGCGGAUGAAGCGGGCCACUGCCAGCAGCUUUCAGUAGCUUCAUUCAAAGCGUCAAAGACGCCACUAUUUUUCCUGGCAGGUCCGAGGUGCGCACUUGAUGGAGCUGUCAGCUAUCGGCGAGCAAGUGUUCGCCGUGGAAUCCAUCAUGAAGAAAAGAGUUCGGAAGGGCAACGUGGAGUACCUAUUGAAAUGGAAAGGAUGGCCUCCAAAGUACAGCACAUGGGAACCUGAGGAACACAUUCUGGACCAGCGUCUAGUCCAAUCCUAUGAAGAGAAAGAGCAGCGAGACCGAACUCUGGGUCACAGGAGGAAAAGAUCCAAGGCCAAACAACUUCUGUUACAGAACACAGUGUAUAGUAUGGACCUCCGCAGCGCUCACAAAACCACAGACAUGCCCAAACCCCGCCUACAUCUCUCCCUGACACGCUCACUACUCCAGCAGCAGGACGAGGAGGAGGAGGCGGAGGAAGAGGAUGACGAAGAGGAGGAGGACCCAUCGUACAUUGCAUGGAGUAGGGCGCCCUGUUACAGCAAGAGGAGGCCACAGCGGAGAUGUCUUACCUCGAGGCCGGCGAGUCCUGCAGAAGAGGAUUGGAAAAGCUUGGACGAUGAAGAGGAGGCGGAAGAUGAUAUUGUUGAAGAGGAAGAGGAGGAGCACAGUCAGAGGAAGGCCACCAUGUGGGGGCCAGCUAUUGAGCAAGAUGAGCUCACAGAGGCUCAGAUCACCGAAACCGUGUGGAGGCCCGUCGGCAGCCCGGCGGAGGUGACGGUCACCGACGUCACCAUCAAUGCUCUCACCGUGACGUUCCGAGAAGCCCGCGUGGCCCAGGGCUUUUUCCGAGUGUGGGGGCUGGAGGUAUGAGCGGGACCUUUUUCAGCAACCCCUCCUUUUUUUGCUUGGACAGGAGCUGAAAUGCGGAUGGCUCACACCCACCUUAGACACAUGUAUGUAGUCUACGGGAGAAAGAAAAUGAUCCUUUAACAAGCAGUCAUAAAUGACAAGUGGUUCACUGCAUAACUCACCUGUUUGACUUUUUGUGUUACCGUUGCGACAGUGACAAGGGCAAUGCGCUACUUCCUUGACACUUGCGCCAUGUUUGUGGUUCAAAUAAAAUAAUAGUGCAAUAUACUGGA